AGGUAACCAGCACGAUCAUCUUCAGCGUCAUCUCUGAAAAUGCCAUAGUUCCUCCCUCUACCUAGAGCUUUCAUUGAUUGUGCCAUCAUAAUCACUAAAUUAGAACCACCAAACCCUAACACACUCCCAAUUACCACCUUUUGUCUGUAUCGUACAACCCUCAGAUGUGAAAUGGCUGGCCCUCUACUUUGGGACAUUCUGCUUCAUAGCUCUCAAUUCCAAAACUUCCGGCGUUUUGUGGCCGGAAUCUCCGUGAAUGUGACGCCUCAUCGCUUAUUCUGUAGUGCCCCCACCAUCCGAAUUUCGGGACAGACAGGUAAGGAAGCAAGCCAUGCUGGUCAAAUCUCGAAGCUACAGGAUGACCCUGAUAAUGAGGAAUGGAAGGACAAGGCAAAGGAGAUCGUCAAGGACAUUGAUCCCAUCGUUAGGCUAGCCAAGGAUAUCCUUCACUCGGGAAGGUACAUGGUUGGAGAGCAAUUGACAGAUGAGGAUGAGAAAGUUGUGGUAGAGAAACUUCUUGUUUACCAUCCACAUUAUGAUGAUAAGAUUGGAUGCAGUCUUGCGUCAGUUAUGGUCGGACAUCAUCCCGUGUUUAACUACUCAAAGUGUCUUUUUGUUGUAAGAACUAAUGGUGACUCGAUUGACUUCUCCUACACUAAGUGCCUUCAUGAGUACAUUAGAAAUAAGUAUCCAUCUCAUGCAAAAAGGUUUAUUCAAGAACAUUUAAAGCAUGGUAGUGUUGGUGGCAGAGCUACAGAUAAGUGAGUUUAGACCAACUGACCAAGAAAGAUAUAUUUCUAUGAUACUGCUCCGUUGUUUGUUGAAUAUGAUAUCCCUCGCUAUUGGUGGCACUGCCUGGUGGAGUGCUUGCCUCUGUUUCUAAUCACAAUAAAAUCUAGAAGUACGGUAUCUCCUGAAUUCUUCUUCUGGUAGAAUAAUAUCUUUCUCAUUGCUUCCUUCUUAUGUCUCGAGGAAUUUAUACAGUGAUAUGAAGUACAAAACUGACAAUUUAGUUGAGCUUAGCUUCAUAAAAUGGUUCUUGGUUGGGCAGCAAGCCUUAGGAAUUAAUUAAUGCAGCUAAUCUAUAAUGUUUCAUAGUAUCCAUCGUACUGUCUUCAUAUCAUGAGUGACUUGAAUAUUGUUG